AUGUCGGACCAAGAGGCUGCUGCCGCCGAUGGCGAGAAGAAGCUGAGCAAAAAGGAGCUGAACAAGCUCGCCAAGAAGGCAAAGAAGAUGGAGCUGACCCAGCAGAAGGGUCCGUCCGCCAAUGACGCGAGCGGUGACAAGGAAGAAGACGUGAGCGUCGGCUGCUACGGGUCUUACGGGCUCGUCCAGUCCACCGAUGAGAAGGACAUCGUCUUCACCGAGCUGAACGUAAUCAACAAGGACCUGGCUAACAAGGAGAUCUGGGUUCGCGGCCGUGUACACACCACUCGCUCUACCGGAAAAUCCUGCUUCCUGGUACUCCGUCACAAGGUGCACACCAUCCAGGUUGGUCUCUUCAAGGGCGACCUCGUGAGCAAGCAGAUGGUCAAGUUUGUCGGAGCCAUUCCCAAGGAGUCGAUUAUCGACAUCCAGGCCAAGGUGGUCGUUGCCGAGCAAGAAGUGUCGGCGUGUACCCAAAAGGAGAUGGAACUGCACCCGAUUCAGGUGUUCACCGUCGGCGCCGUUUUCCGUGCCGAGGACUCGAACACCCAUCGCCACAUGACCGAGUUUGUCGGCCUUGACUUGGAGAUGGCCUUCAAGUUCCACUAUCAUGAGGUGAUGCGCACAAUCGGUGAUGUGUUGAUCAACGUUUUCAAGGGACUCCAGAAGGAAUACGCUCAUGAGAUCGCCGCCGUCGGACAACAAUACCCAGCCGAGCCCUUCGAGUUCUGCGAGCCGGCUUUGGUCUUGAAGUAUGCUGAUGCCGUGGCGAUAUUGCGCGAGAGCGGCGAAGAGAUUGGUGAUGAGGAGGACCUGUCGACGCCCCUGGAGAAGAAGCUCGGCCGACUCGUCAAGGACAAGUACAAGACCGACUUCUACAUCCUCGACAAGUUCCCGCUCGCCGUCCGGCCAUUCUACACGAUGCCCGACCCGCACGAUGCGCGCUACUCGAACAGCUACGACAUGUUCAUGAGAGGCGAAGAGAUUCUCUCCGGAGCCCAGCGUAUCCACGACCCGACGUUCCUCACCGAGCGCGCCAAGCACCACAACAUCGAGCUCGACAAGAUCCAGGCCUACAUUGACGCGUUCCGCUACGGAUGCCCGCCGCACGCUGGCGGUGGAAUUGGCAUGGAACGCGUGACGAUGCUCUUCCUCGGCCUGCACAACAUCCGUCUGUCGUCGAUGUUCCCACGUGACCCGAAGCGCAUCACCCCC